AUGGGAGAAGAUAGCGAGCCGAUUUUGUCAAUUAAAUCCUCAAAGCGCGGAAAGACAAGAACGUCAAGCGUGUCUGUCCGUGGAAGACAGGGCGACUCACGACCACGUCAGAAUAUCAGGGUUCAGAGUAUCAGUGACGAGGACCUGCAGGAUGUGUCUGACCACAGCGAUGACGAGUCUUUCGCACUUCUAGAAGCAGGAAAAUCACAGCAAAGCCGCAAGAGAUCUCACUUUUCUCCAGUGAAUACCGGAAGCGCCUUAAAGGACAAUCACGAACUGCUUAAAAGCUGGAGCGUAGAAGAAGUGGAGGAAGUCCUCCAUGCCAAAAAACAAGAAGAAGACCUGAAGGUCAGGAAGAAGUACGAGGCCAAGGCAAAGAGCGAUGUCGAUGUUGCAAACGCAAAGAAGGAGAAGUCUGAGCUCGAGAUCAACUAUGGCUAUGACUUCGAACUCUAUAGCAGUACCAGUGCUAAAGGCACAAGCGAAAGAUGGUUCAUCCACUGCGAAUCAGCUAAAUCAAAGCCGGAGAAGAUCUUUAUACCCAAGGAAAAGGUCCCCAAAGACCAACUGCUCUACGUCAAAUGGAACAACUUGACCAAGAAAGAAAGAGUCCAACAUGGCAACCCUUUCAGGAACUAUCUCAACGUUGAAAUUCCAGGGUUCAUCUCAAGAAGAAAAAUACGGUAA